AUGGAGAGAGAGUAGAGGGAGACGGAAGUUUGAUGGAGGUGCGUAUUAUGCCAAAUAAAUGAGGAAAACGGCAAUAAAUAACCAGAAUUCUGACUCUAGCAGAACUGUAAAUAAUUCAGGAUCCUUUUUUAGAAAGCUUGUCACAAGGACUGCCCGCGACAAUCACAAAAAAACUGAAAACAAAAAGCAAAAUACGGUUGCUAACAUAAACAAUCCAAACAAGAUGGCGUCAUCAACAAGAAGCGGAAACAAAAAACAAAACCCAACGGAUUUGAACACGAAUACAGACAAUCAGGAAAUAUCAAAUGUAAUUCUAGCAGCACUGGACCCUAAAUUCGACGAAUUAUUCGAGCAAUUGAGAAAAACUGACCGAAAAGUGGAUGAAAUCAACCAAAAGCUCGAGGCCCGAAUUGAAAGCUCCGAAAAAAAACUGGACAAAAUUGAAACACAACUCGAAAAACCGGAAGAACUACGUUUCGUAAGAGAGUUAUUUAUCAGAGACAUAGAGCUCGAUAUUAUCAACAAGAAAAGAAACCUAAUAAUGUUUGACCUACCGGAAAAUCAAGAGAACACCGAUCUAAAAGAAGCUGUUGAAUCACGUCUUCAGCUCAACGAGGGAGCUCACACCACAGUUCAAAAUUGCUAUCGCAUCGGGCGGCCUACCACUACCAGCGUACAAGGAGGAAAAUCACAGAGACCAAGACCCGUACUAAUACAAUUCGAAUCGGAAAAGGAAGCGAAUGCGAUUAAAAGGCUAGUCUGGUCCAAGAAAGCAAAAAGCAAUGUGAGAAUUGGAGAAGACCUACCUGAAGAUGCCCGUGCAAUUCAAAACCUAGCCUACAAAUUAUAUACAAAAGAGGCCAAACAACAAAGAAAGAAGGUCAAGUGGGUAGGGGUUAGAGUAUAUAUUGACGGCAAUCCAGUAAAUAUGGACGAUAUAUACAAAGAAAUCAUCACAAAGAGAUUGAACAAAAAAUAAUUCUUUACCCUUACAGAUCAAAACAGACAUUAGUUAAAACUGAACUUUUAUUCAAUUUACACAACUAUUUUUUUUAGCGUACAGCAAAUCAAAUUCUCAACAACUUUUGAGUUAGAAUCAAACAGUAAGAAUUUAUUUAAACCUGCCUCUUUAAUGUAAGUUCAACGCACUCCUAAAGCUUUUAUCUCGACCUCUUAUUGAGAUGGUAGAAUUCCACUAUCAUCCCAAUACGCUCUACGAGCAACAUUCUUUAUAUAAGAUUUCAGCAAAAUUUAUUUCAAUUAAAAUAAUAAUUAAAUGUAUAAACCAAUGCAAGGGUAACAUAACAAAUCUGUAUAAAUGUCAAUUAGAAUAGUAUCAGUUAAUGUAAAGGGUCUACAGGACAAGGUCAAACGUAAAAAAAUGUUUA